AUGAAUAAAUAUGAAAUUCUCGGUGUAAGUGGCGAAGGUGCAUAUGGCGUAGUAUUAAAAUGUAGAAAUAAAGAAAACAAAGAAAUAGUUGCAAUCAAAAAAUUUAAAGAGACUGAAGAUGACGAAAUAGUUAGAAAAAAUAUAUAAAGAGAAGUGAAAAUGCUACGUUUAUUAAGACAUAAAAAUAUUGUAGAUUUAAAGGAAGCCUUUAAAAGAAAAGGUCGUAUAUAUUUAGUAUUUGAAUAUGUUGAAAAAAAUUUACUUGAAAUUCUUGAGUAAAAACCUUCUGGACUUGAACCCGAAAUAAUCAGAAUAAUUAUAUAUUAGCUCUUAAAAUCACUUUAUUAGUGCCAUUAAUAAGACGUAAUUCAUAGGGAUGUCAAACUUGAAAAUCUACUAGUAAAUCCAUACAAUUACGAACUAAAAUUAUGUGAUUUCGGUUUCGCUAGGGCAUUACCUACAAAAUAAAAUGACGUUUUAACAGAUUAUGUGGCUACAAGAUGGUAUAGAGCGCCUGAGUUAUUACUUUAAUGCCCUAAAUAUGGAAAAGCUGUUGAUGUAUGGGCAGUAGCAUGUAUUAUGGGCGAACUUAUUGAUGGUUAACCAAUGUUUCCAGGCGAAAAUGAAAUAGAUUAACUUUAUUUAAUCCAAAAAUUGCUUGGAAACCUGACUAUUGAACAAAAAGAGCUUUUUAUAAAAAAUCCAAGAUUUGUUGGUAUGAAAUUUCCAGAAAUAAACAAACCAGAAAGCAUUGAAAGGAAAUAUUUGGGAAAAUUAAGUAAAAAAGCAUUAAAUUUAAUGAAAUUAAUGCUCAAAAUGGACCCUUAAGACAGAAUUUCAGUCGAAGAGGCUUUAAAACAUUAAUUUUUUGAUGAAAUAAGAGAUUAAUUUAAAGAAGAAAAAAAAGAAGUAUAAAUAGUUGAAAAAAAGAAGUCUUUUUAAAAUGUUUAAGACGAGUUAAAAAAUAAUGUAGAACACAGUUUACAAUUAUAAGGUGAAUGA